AUGAGGCGGAAGAAAGGGUUUUCGAGGGUGGAUAGGAUCGCUUGGCGCUGUGGCGUACGACGUACCUCACCGCUCCUCAAAGCCCCAUUGCCCGGAAACCCAAGUACGCCGAGCAUAGACUGUAUUCCUGCACCCUCACAAAUGCAAAGUCUGCCCGCCCUUGAUCAGGCGCAGCUGUGUCUUUCGAGGUUCGGUCGCGAGCGGUAG